AUGGCGCAUGUGGCGCGGGAACUUCUCAAGAAGGAGCUGGUAAAUCUGAUGAAGGACCAGUACGAGGGCGGCAUCUUCACCGCCAUUCUCAAAUUCCCCGGCGACUUUCCGAACAAUCCGCCGGAGAUGAGGUUUGAAACAGAGAUGUGGCACCCCAACAUCUACCCAGAUGGCCGCGUGUGCAUCUCCAUCCUGCACCCACCAGGGACGGACAGAUUCAACGAUCAGGAGACCGCAGACGAGCGCUGGCGUCCAAUCCUCGGGGUCCACAGCAUCCUCAUCAGUGUCAUCUCGAUGCUGGUAGACCCGAACUUGAACUCACCCGCGAACAUCGACGCCGCGGUCCACAUGAAGAACGAUUAUGAGGGGUGGAAAAAGAAGGUAAGGCAGCUGACGCGGAAGAGCGUUGAAGGCUGA